CUGCACUUCUCCAACUGCAGGAAAGACAUCGAAACGAAGCGAAAGAGCCCUCAUCGAUCGUUCAUCGACCGCAGAGAUAUGAAUCACCAAGUUGUCAUGAGACGAGCUCGCUCAAUCGCUCCUGCUCUCUCUCCGUGGCCUCCUCGCCGUGGCGCCGUCGACGACGCUGUUCGCUUUCGCUUCUGUCGCAGCCUCUCCGGUUCCGCUCCUCCGAAUCGUCCAGGGCCACUCAAACAAUACAAGGAACUCAUCAAGCAGGGAAAGCUGCAGCAUGAUCCUUACCAGGAAACCGUAGCUCUUGAAUUGGAAAAUCUACUCGAGCGGCUGGAACAGUAUGAGAAAGAUAUGGAAGAAUAUCAUAUGAAACUAGCUGAUUGGGAGAACAAGAGGGAGGAUAAACGCCGCAGGAUUUUGAUGGAAGAAGCAGAGAUGAAGCAGCAUGGAAAUGUAUGGUCAUCAGUCAGCAAGCAGAGAAAUAAGCUUGUUGAGAAAUGGAUGUUUCGGAAAGGACCUGAAAACAUAGAGCCAGGAGUUGGAAAAUGGGUCUCAUAUCUCAACAGAGAGAGGCAAUUGGACUCAGUUGUUGGUCAGCGUCCUACUGCACCUCCUGCUCCAAGAGGACUUUACCUGUAUGGCAAUGUGGGCAGUGGGAAGACAAUGCUUAUGGACAUGUUUUAUAGCGCUACCGAUGGGAUUAUUAAGCAUAGAAGACGUUAUCACUUUCAUGAGGCAAUGCUUGAGAUUAAUGCACGCAUGCAUCAGAUUUGGAAGAAACAAGUAGAGGACAAGUCUUUGCAGUCAAGUAUCUCUAGCUGGAUUAUGAAUCUCCCCUUUGAUUCAAAAGUUAAGGAAUGGUUGGCUGCAGAAGAAAGGUACAAGCAAGAGGUACAGAUGAAGAACAUCCUACCAGCGGUGGCAGACAUGUUUCUCAUAGAUCAAAGAGAGGAUCAUAGAGGAGCCAGUGUUCUUUGCUUCGAUGAGAUACAGACUGUUGAUGUAUUUGCAAUUGUCACCUUAUCUGGAAUUCUAAGCAGAUUGUUGAGCAGCGGAACAGUUCUUGUGGCCACCAGUAACAGAGCACCAAAUGAUUUAAAUCAAGAUGGUAUGCAGCGGGAUAUCUUUCUUAAAUUAGUCCGGAAAUUGGAGGAACACUGUCAGACCAUUCUGAUAGGAAGUGACAUUGACUAUCGACGUCUUAUAGCACAAAGAAGCAUAGACCAGGCUCAUUUUUUCUGGCCUCUAGAUGGCAAUGCUCAGAAGGAAUUCCAGAGGAUGUGGCAUGAGAUAACAAGCAAGUCAGGCGGACAAAUAACUUCUAUGACUCUAGGAGUGAUGUUUGGAAGAACGCUGGAGGUUCCAGAAAGCUGCAAUGGAGUGGCACAGUUUACAUUUGAGUAUCUAUGCGGUCGGCCGGUGGGAGCUGCAGAUUACAUUGCAGUUGCUAGGAACUAUCAUACUGUCUUCAUAUCUGACAUUCCAAAAAUGAGCAUGCACAUCCGUGAUAAGGCAAGGAGGUUUAUCACCCUCAUCGAUGAGCUAUACAACCAUCACUGCCGCGUAGUUUGCACUGCAGCUUCUUCUAUUGAUGAUUUGUUUCAAGGAACUGAAGAUGGUACUCUGUUUGAUUUGGAGAGCUUUCAAUUUGAGACUGAGAUAGAAGGAAGUAAACUUCGUCGGGAUGUCCUAGCAGAAGGCAGUGUGAGUUCUGGAGGUGCACCUACUGGGAUCAUAUCCAUGCUAUCUGGUGAAGAAGAAAUGUUUGCAUUUCGCCGAGCAGUAUCGCGCUUAAUUGAAAUGCAGACACCUUUGUAUCUGGAUGGAGUUCAGAGUUUUCAUCCUUCUUUUGAGAGACAUCGCCAAGAAUUGCAACAUUAAAAGCAUAGUGAAUCACAAACUUGGCCUCUUUGUCCACUGAUGCAUCUCACUCGAUACCAUCAUCAACAGGCUGUUCCAUUGUCACAUAAGCCAUUGCUCGCUGCAAUGAAAUACCCUCCUUCAGGGAACUGAUCCGGGUUGUGUCUCUUGCACCUCAUGGCUACAUAUUAAGACUAGAAGAAACAACAAAGCCGAAGUAAGUUUUUCUUAGGCACCCUUUCAGAUUACAUGCAGGAGCUAGGAUGCUAAAACUUUUACAUAGCAGCCAUAAGAAUUUCUUAUGUUGCAGAUCGUUCUAGUUGAUUUCUGAGCAGCAUUAACAAGUUUUGUGGGUCAUAAAUUCCAUCAAA